UUGCGCCUCCCUCAUGUUAGCCGUUCUCUAAGUAGACUGCAGUAAAGCUCUCACUCUCCGGCUCCGUGGAGUUUCACCUAAGAAAAUCUGUUUUACACGCGGAAUGGUCACUUUUUGUAUUUAAAGAAAGGACUAUAUGCAAUGUUUUCAAAGGGAUUUUGUUUCUUUGCACACAUUUUACUCCAGAUCUGCUGUUAUAACCGCUGACGGCUGGUCCUGUAGUUGUUUUAAACCCCAGUGCUCGUCUGAGCUGAACUUUUUGUAGUCUUAUUGGGGUUUUUUUUGUAUGAUUCAUUGACUGAGUCGUUGUCGGGAAUCAGGAAAUCACUUGGACUGAAAUCACUCGCUGACUGAAUCUUGUAGAUGAGGAGUGUGUAACGUUUCAUCAGCUCGCGCUGUUCUUCUCCUCGCCGGGCAUCUCACAUGGGAUUUGGCUGAUGCUUUUACCCGAAAUUACUCAGCGGCUGACGUUUAAGGGUCUUGCUCAAGGAUCCAGUAUCACCACUUCCACCACUUCUUGUAAUUUGGCAGAAUGGAUUUGCAUAAGCUCCCUGACGGCAUGCCUUAAGUCAUGUGGGAUUUUUGCAAGACCCACGUCAUAAAAUAUCCUCAAAGCAAAGAAAAUCAGAUCCGAUACCCGAUCCAGUGUUUCAGCAUCAGGCAACCCAGAGGAACCUCCUGGGCCACUGAGACGUGACUCCAGUCUCGGUGCAGUCUCCUGGAAACAAAAUCUUAGACCUACAACUGGGUGAACAUCAGCAGAGACGAUGGCAACCCAAGGGAGAUGUAUUAAUGACCUUACAAAGAGCAAGUACUCUCAGUACUACAACAAAAACAUCAUCACAUUGCACUAUUCCUGUGCCAAGAAUUUGAGCGAGCAGGAAUUGAGAAGCCGCUCAGACUCAAAAGAUGGGCUCAGCAUGCUCAACAUCAUCUUCAUCAUCAUCUGCAGCAUCAUCAUUCUGGAAAACCUCCUGGUGCUCAUUGCUGUUUUCCGAAACAAAAAGUUCCACUCAGCCAUGUUCUUCUUCAUUGGGAAUCUAGCGUUCUCGGAUCUGCUGGCUGGCUCGGCUUACAUCGCCAAUAUAUUUCUAUCAGGCCCAAAGACUUUUCAGCUAAAGCCUGUGCAAUGGUUCAUAAGAGAAGGGACUGUUUUCAUUGCAUUGUCUGCAUCUGUGUUCAGUCUGCUCGCCAUUGCCAUAGAGCGUUACAUUGCCAUAACUAAAGUCAAGGUUUAUGGCUCGAAUAAGACCUGCCGCAUGUUCCUGCUUAUCGGAGCAUGCUGGGUCACCUCGAUCCUCCUUGGAGGACUUCCCAUUUUAGGCUGGAACUGCAUCAACAAUCUGGGUGAGUGCUCGGCCGUCCUGCCUCUCAACUCUAGGCGCUACAUCUGCUUUGUGGUGACCAUUUUCAGUGUCAUCCUGCUCUCCAUCGUCAUCCUGUAUGUCCGUAUCUACCUAAUCGUCCGUUCUAGCCACCAGGAAACCACUAACUCGGCUUCCUACGCCCUGCUCAAGACCGUCACUAUCGUCCUGGGCGUUUUUAUUGUGUGCUGGCUGCCGGCCUUCAGCAUCCUGCUCCUUGAUACCUCAUGCAGGAUGUCAUCCUGUCCCAUCCUCAACAACGCUGACAUCUUCUUCGGGAUCGCCACCUUGAACUCGGCACUGAACCCGCUGAUCUACACGCUGCGCAGUAAGGACAUGCGGCGGGAGUUCCUGCGGGUGCUGUGCUGCUGGGGGCUUCUCCAGAGCGGCCGGCCGGCAGAACGCUGCUUAAUGCAGCUCAAGAGCUCGAGCUCGAUGGACCACUGCACCAGUAAACAUGAACAUCAGACCACUCCCAUCAUGCAGGACUGUACCACUUGUGUUUGAGCUUAGGUAAAGUGCCCAUGCUGCAUCAGUAACGGCCUGUGUGGCUUUAGGUCUGGAAGGAAGUUGAGGUGUUUGUGUUUUCAGACUAGGCACGCAAGCUAAAAAUCAUUCUGCCAUAGCCGAAAGUGGUGACAGAGGUUUUGCAUGUGACUUUUUGCAAAGCGCUCAAACCUGUUUGAGUAUUUAACCACUUUUUAUUGACUCUUAGGAGCAAAAAGCAAGUAUUGCAAUUGUGGCAUGGACACUGUCAUGUAUUGUUUUUUUGUUUAUUUUUUUAUUUUUGUCAAAGAUUUAUGAUUUCCACCGAAUGAUUUUGAUACCGUUUUUAUUCACCAUGUCAUAUUUAGCUGUUUGGCAUUGACCAAAAAAAAAUUUUGUUUUGUUUUGUUUCUAAGUCUAAGAUAAUGCACUUUCAAGCAUAUCUGUGAUUGUAUGUAUUUGUGACUGACUUGUGAGUCAGUCGAACUAACAAAGGCAACGUUGCAUGAACAUGAAAAAGGUGAGUCUUGACUUGACUUAGCAGACCUGAUACACAAAGAGAAGGGAGGUACUGAACAGUUACACUCCACAGUGCACUCCUCAUGAGCCAUGGGUGCAAAACCAUGUUAUAUAUUCCAUUAUAUUCCCUUUAAUUAACUACAAUAAAAGAAAAAAAAAAAUACAACGUACUACAUUUCAUUAUAUUGCAUGGCGUAACCUGUGUAAAAACUAAUCUAUGGUGUAUUCAUGUACAAUUUCAUCAUUAACCUUUUCCUCUCUCAGCCUCUCUGGCCUUUGCUUAUGUUUGUCUGUGUAUGUGUGUGUGUACGUGUGUGUGUAUAUGUCUGUAUAUUUGUUUUUUUUUUGUUUGUUUUUUUAUCGAUUAAGUGUUUCCUUUAUGGAAGACACAAACAGAAAGUACAUUUCCUUAAGUGAAAUGGCACUGACAUGUUUCACCCAGUCUGCAGUAAUCCCCUGGACCUGUCUUGACAACGUUGUAGCGUCGCUGCAGCAGCGUGUGCUUUCUGUUCUUGUGCUCUCCUGAAACUGAAUGUAUGCAUGAAGUGUUUGGAGCGAAAUGCUUCUCCUUGUGACAGUAUUACCGAACACUGAUUGUUUUUGUCUUGUUGAGUAUUGAGCUGUCGGAGACAAUAAAGAGGAAUAGGGUCACUGUGAAGUCUUGAAAGUGAUCACCAUAUCGUAACUCUCUGAUGACAUACAAUGGGUUUGCUGAAACGGAAACUCAUGACGUUGGGAUGAAUUAAAUAAGCAGGUCACCUCUUUUUGUGUGUGUGUGUGUAUGUGUGUCAUGGCCUCUAAACGCACACACUUCAGGCAGAUGAGGGGGAGGAGGCUCUGCUCUUAUGUCAAAGGUCAGAGGCUAAUUACUCUUUCUCAAACCACACUUCCUGCGAUGAUAGGAAGUUCAGUGUUUCCUAAGGUACUUCCUGUUGUUCAGGACUGACCUCACCUUUCAUUCUCAUUCUCACAUACCACUCAAGCAAGCAAACAAAUAUUUGAUCCCAAAAUGUCUUGCUGUCUUUUCCUUUGUUAACAAUCAGAGAAAGCACUUUGGCAGCUCUUCCAAAAUCAUUCAAAAAAAAAAUUUUGUGGCUUUUUAUUUACCUUUUUUUAAAUAAAUAAAUAAAAAAUGAAGACUGCAAGCAUGCCUUAUGUGUAAAAUAACCCUGUGCAAAAAAAAAAAAAAAAGUUUUGUAUUAUGCAUUUAUGACAAUGUAUGUGUUGUAUUUAUGUCUAAAAUGUGUAUAUGUAUGAAAUGUCUUGUGUGCAAUAGCAUUGUGUGUCUAGUAGCAAGCUACCUGUGUUAAAUCGGUACAAUUCUAAACACUAAUAUUGGUACAUAAACGUUUUUUGUUCAUUACUUUUAUAUGAAAUAAAUUAGAUACAAAUGCAAA